AAAAAACAUGCACGCGAGGCUGAAAUAAGACCGGAUCCUGCAGGUUGACAGACACAGUAACGGUGUCAGGGGUCUGGAUGCUCUCCUCCCUCUCUCCUCUCCUGCUGCAUGUGGCCUUUGAACCCAUUGUUGUGUCGCGGGUGACGUCAGUGCCGUGUGCGGGAGACGGAGCGGCGUGAGCCUGGCGAGACAAAGGCGGCGGAGACACCGAGACACUGAGACACCGACCGACCGGGGUCAGGCAUCAUCACCAUCGUCGGCAGCAGCAGUAUUAGUAUUAGCAGCGGCAGCAGAGAGACUGAGAGCCCAGAACCACUAGUUUUAACCAAAAGGUACCCGCUAACCUUGGGUUUCGGCUGCGGUUUCCCUGACGACGCGGAGAAUGAAGACCCAGUGACACCCCCGUGAAAAUGCUUUGACUCUACUUGGGGAGAAAAACAACACAGAGGCUCUUUUUUGAUUUUUAAACGUUUUUUCCUUCUCUCUCCUUCUCUCCCUUUCUCCUACGCCCCCCGUUUAGCUUGCUGGUUAGCUAACCCGCUAGCUCUCCUCCUCCUCCUCCUCCUCCUUCUUCUUCUUCUUCUUCUUUCCCUCAAGAACCAGGCGACAAGCGAGGAGAGGAGCCCGUCGACAAAGGACCAGAUAAAAGGGUGAGCUCACUCCCAACAAACAGGCAUCCGUGGUCUGAUGUGAGAUCCACGGAGACACUAUGCCUAGCCCUUUAUUCCACCCCGAGAUUAUGGACCACGACGUGGUGAUCAGCAGCCAGCACAACGGGAUGGGUCUGCCCCGAGAGACGGACCAAGAGUCCCGGGAGGAGGACCACCAAGAGGCGCUCCGCUUUGCCCUGGACCAGCUGUCACUCAUGGCCCUGGACAAGGUGGACUGUGGGGGCGGCGGCGGUAGCGGAGGCGGCGGGCUCGUGGACACUCUGGACGGGACCCAGGGGCCGGGAUCCGACGGCUGCAACGGCGUGGGUGGAGGGGGCUACGUGGAUCUACAGAUGCUGGAGCAUCCCAGCGGGUCCCGGGACUCGCCGACGUCCUGCUCUCCGUCCCCGGAGUACUACGGCUCAGGCGGCUACCACAUGGCCGGCUCCCACCCCAUGCUCCACGGGGAACAAAGCUCCGUCCUCUGCAACAGGAAAAGAAGCGUCAACAUGACCGAAUGUGUGCCCGUGCCCAGCUCUGAACAUGUGGCCGAAAUAGUGGGGAGACAAGGUUGUAAGAUCAAGGCCCUGCGCGCCAAAACAAACACCUACAUAAAGACUCCAGUCCGGGGCGAGGACCCAGUGUUCAUCGUGACUGGACGCAGGGAGGACGUGGAGAUGGCCAAGCGUGAAAUUGUAUCUGCGGCCGAGCAUUUCUCUAUGAUCCGGGCUUCACGCUGCAAAGCUGGAGGUCCCGGGGGAGGAGGCUCUCUACCCGGACCCCCACACCUACCGGGACAGACCACCAUCCAGGUGAGAGUUCCCUACAGAGUAGUCGGUUUGGUUGUUGGACCAAAGGGAGCUACGAUCAAACGCAUCCAGCAGCAGACUCACACCUACAUCGUGACGCCCAGUCGAGAAAAAGACCCAGUGUUCGAGGUGACUGGGAUGCCAGAGAACGUGGACAGAGCCAGAGAGGAGAUCGAGACUCACAUCACUCUGCGGACGGGGACCUUUGUAGACCUGCAGGGUGACAAUGACUUCCACACCAACGGCACUGAUGUCAGUUUAGAAGGCCUCGGCUCCCUGAGCGGAGGACUGGGCGCCUCUCUGUGGUCCAGGGCUUCAAAUCACCAUUCUGCUCCUCCGCCUCCUCCACCCUCCCCGCCUCCCGCUCCUCUUCCCAUGUCCAUGCACCACUCGUCCAACCGGAAGAUGUCCUCCUCGGUCACCUACCACACGCACAAUGGCGGCAUGAGCUCAGACAGCUUCAACGCCGCCCGGAAGGCCAACGAGGGAGGUAGCCCCACCAGCCCUUUUAGCACAGGCUCCAGCAGCGCUGGAGGAGGAUUCACUUUUGGGGGCGACUCCACCCCAGGGCUGCCUUCCUCAGAGGAACUGGGCUUUGAGUUCACCGCUUCCAACAUCUGGGCCCCCUUCGUCAACGGCGGAACAGGCAAUAAGGCGGCCGGCUCCUCCCAGCAGCAGCAGCAGCAGCAGCCCCUACGCCGCAACAGCAGCGGCCUCAGCGGCGGCGCCAUCACUCCCCGGCUGUCUCCGACCCUGCCUCAGGACACGGGGGUGGGCCCCAUGGAUCACCCGCUGGCCCGCCGCGCCCAGAGCGACCCCCUCAGCACUCUCUCCUGGCUACAGUCCGGCAACGCGGGAGGCGGCUCCUUCUCCGGGGCGUCGAGCUCCAGCUCCGGCGGCUCGUCGACCGGCUACUCCUCCUGCUCGGCCUCCUCCCUCCCCGGCGGCUCGCCCACUGACUCCGAGGGGGGCGGCAGCGGCGUGGGCCUCAGCUCCGGGAUGCUGAGCCGGCUGAAAAGCGGCUCGGGCCCCGGGGUCGCGGGCCUGGUCGGCGUCAGCCCGGGAGUCAACAGGGACUGCUUCGUGUGUUUCGAGAGCGAGGUGACGGCGGCCCUGGUGCCGUGCGGCCACAACCUUUUCUGCAUGGAGUGCGCCGGGCAAAUCUGCCAGUCAGCCGAGCCCGAGUGCCCCGUCUGUCACACUCCAACCACACAGUGCAUCCGCAUCUUCUCCUAAUGCCUCAGGCGAGGGAGGGCGGGGGGGUGAGGGAGGGUACUGGAGUGGGGCACCAGCUGUGGCGGAGACAAUGGAAGGAAUCACACUAAUAAUCUACACACACACACAAACGAUGGACCAUAUUAAAUGCAUUAAUAGAGAUGAUGAUACUAUAAGGAUGUUAUUGCUGAUAACUGUCGAGAUUAAUAAUAACAAUAAUAAUAAUGACAAUGACUUAUUUUCAGAGUGAAGUUCAGUGAAACUGGUCUGCAGACAGUUGGCUCAGACCGUCUCUGGGUGGUGAACUUAUGGAAGGAAACUAGUGUCUUAUCUCUCUUCAGGCCUUCAUUUUGACCCGGGGCAGCCACACGGCUGCUCGGUCUGUCUCGACAUUUCUUCAUUCUGGCUUCUUCAGAUUUCUGCCUGCUUUCUCUCUCUCUCUCGCUCUCUCUUUCUCUCUCUCUCUCACAGCCUUUCCUUUUGACACUUUUGUACUUAACAGAUAUUUUUCGAUGAAGCUGUCAAUGAGGCCUGCACUUUUCUACUCCUGAUUUUAAUGUUCUCGACAGGACGCAACCUGUUCUCAUGAAUUCCCCCCUUUUCCUCCUCCGCUCUCACUCAUGCUGUUGUCCGUGACGCCAAGCGGUGAAGGUUCCUCUUUUUUUUUCCGUUCGCUCGGAGCUGUUGGCUUGUCGUCAGGCACCUAACAACAAUACACCCACGGGACCUCUCUUAAGGAUCAAUUCCUGUUUCUCGUUGCCACAUAAAAUUUAGCCAUCAGAAAAGAAAAGCCAAACGAUGACGCCUCUUGGUUCAGUUCGGUAACUGUAACGUCCCGAUGAGUCUGCACCGCAUUUCAAAUGUGGCCGUUGCAUUGAUUCACAUUAAUUAUCCUUUAGCAAGCGAGAAACAUACUGAAUAAUGUGUCUCUGUGUGUUUGGCUGCCUGACAAUCCCUUUACAUCUCUCUCUCUUCAGUGCGCGUGUGCGUUUGUGUGAAUAAUGCCCACUCAUACUUCACGUCAUCACUCUGUGUCGUCCCCGUGAGAAGGUUCUUUCCAGCCUUCGCUCUCAGUCUUAAAGGAAGGCGACGCUCUGAUCCAUCCUCUCCCCUCGCACCCCGUGUCUGUUACGCUCAGAUCCGCUCGUUAGCGUUUUCUACUAGAUUUGACUCUUGACUGUCGAGUGUGUGGCUUACAGACAUAUUUUGAACUCCGGGAUAAGACAGGGCUUUUCUGAUGUCACACGAGAAUGUUUAGUCCAAUAAGGAGAGACGGCGGCUCCUCCCACACGAAACAAUAACAAGGGGCUCGAUCGGUCCUUUUCUUUUCAUGCACUGUAACCCCUCCAGCCCCUCUAAAAAAGGAAAAAAAAAAUAUAUAUAUAUAUUAAAAGCAACAGCUCUUACUGUUUUUGUUAGGUUUUGGUCUUCCACCCCUCUCUCACAGCAAAGCUGUAUGGCACUCUCUCAGAUGACACUGUCGCAUCCAUAUAGCGCUGCGCUCCGGGCAGCACGCGGUGCACUAUGUGGUUGGUAGUUUGAGAUUCGUCCCGCGUUUCAUAGCAUCACCGAGCGACUCCGAGGCGGUUACGCCCUGUUUUCGUUUUGAUCCCGUGCGAGUUCGCAGUAACUGCCUCUUCUAGUGUUAACACUUGUGCGUGCGAGUCGGUCGGUCGGUGCGACGCUGGCGGCCCCGUUUGAACGCGCGUGGAAUCAGCUCAUAGAAUAAGACAAGCCAUGAUAACCGAACAUAAAAAAAAAAGACGACCCCACAACUGAUUCUCAAGGGCUUCCUCUGACUGCACAGACACACGUUUUCAGGCUCACCCAGGAGGAAGAAUCACCGUAUCCUUUAUGGCAGCUAGUAGCUAGGUCAUCCAGGGCUUCCAGACACACGUUGUGUUCAAAUCCCAGCUGCAGAAUGUUUUUGCUUCCUAUGAUUUUUUCUCCUACACGGCCAUUGCAUUCACAUCCUGUCGGUGUGUAGGGCGCCGCAGUCGCAGAUCAGGACGGGUGUUAACGUCUGGCAGUGAAGGGUAACGCUAAAUAAGGAAAUAGUCGGGCAGUUGCUGCUGUGCUUUGGUGCUCCGGUCAGUUUUUAUGUUAUUUUGUUUGCUACCUAUGGUGACGAUGGCAGUAGCUCCGCUGAGGUAUCUGAAGAGUCUCUGUCCUGGUUGAGCGCAGCAGUAGUGCACUGACUCCACCCGCCCGGGAGCUGAACCUGUAUGGUGCUUUGGUGCAACUCCCUACUGAAAACCCAGGUUAACUGUUGUUGUUGGUGGUGAUACGCCGUCUAGUUCUCAGACUAACCUCUCCGAUGCACUGUAGACCCGACGACCCUGUCCUCAUCCUCCAUCGCCCCCUCGCUGCGGGACCACCGCGUCUAACCCCACCCCCCUCCUGGCCGCACUCCGGCGCUGCUGUCCGUCUUUUUUUUUUUUUCGCGCGCACACUCGGAUCAGAUGCAGGGCCGCGAAUGUGUCUGAACGAACAGCCGACUGUCGUGUGCGUCCGCUGAGGCCAAUCUUAAAGCCCUUCUUUAAACUGUCCAUGUGUUAGAGAAUAAAAAUGUGUUGAAUUUGCCAGAUGGGUCUAAAGUAAUUCCUGGUGCUGCACCAGUGUGUUUCUGGCCUUUGAGAGAGUGUUAGGGUUAAUGUACAGUAGUUUAAUUGUUAAAAGGUACAAAUUUGUUGCAGAUCGACUGCUGAUUUUUACUACUUUUUUUAAAUUUUUUUGCCAAACUUAUCCCCUUCCCCCAUUUCCUUCCUAAAGGUUUGAAAACAGGGUUUCCUGAGGCAUGCUAGCCAGUGACCUCUGACCUUUUUUGUGAUUAGAGGGGGGAUGCGAAGAGAGCCGCGCCACAAAGGGGGUGACAGACUCCCCUCAAGCCUCUGCUCUCCUAUUUUUGCUUUAAUUCUCUUUGUAUGCAGAACCAAAAUGUAAAACGUCAGCAAAAUAGGUUUUAAAGCCUAUGUGUGUAAAUACCCUGGAUACAAUCAUCGGGAUCUUGUUUUCAAAAGCAAAAAGACUUAAUUGAAAAUAAGUGUAGUUUCUAAAGAACAUGUAUCAUUAUUUGUAAGUUAACCAUCUGCAUGUCUUCAAGCCACCUGGCAUUAGCUAAUAAUUUUUAAGAUUUCAAAAAAAAAAAAAAAACUUUUUACACGUUUUAUUUUUUACAAUUUAUUUGCUUACCUAAAUAUCCCAGACAAUAAUGUGACCCUUUUUAUUACUUCAAAUUUAUUUUUAUUUUCCAUUUUUUAUUUUCCUUAUUUCCUGUGUACUACAUAUAAGCAAUUUAUAACAAAAUGAGAAAAUUAUUGAAGAAAUUUUAAAAUUGAAAUAUAUUUUAUUUGAAAGUUUAUGGACCUUUUAACCGUGAGCCGGGAAAAAUUGUAUAAUCGUAUGAUUUGAGCUGACUUAGCGGUUAUAAGAAAUGUAUCAAGAGUUUUAUUUUUUAUGCUUCUUUAAUAAAGUCUUGUUUUUGGUUUCAUUUUUUUACUGUAAAAUUAA